AUGCUUGGAGCGGGUUCCGAGACCGUGGGAACUACUUUACUUUGGUCCUUUGUCCGCAUGGCUACCUCUCUGGAAGCACAGGCAAAAGUCCACGCUGAAAUCGAUGGUCAUUUGGAGAGCUCGAGAAAUGCGACCUUUGAGGACCGACGCUCUGUGCCGUAUGUGGAAGCGACUAUUCUGGAGGUUCUACGAUUAGGUACCAUCACACCUCUUGGUAUCCCACACACGAACAUUCGCGAUGUGGAAUUGAAUGGAUACAGAAUUCCAAAGAAUACUUUUAUAUUGAUAAAUCUGGCAUCUACCUGCAACGAUCCUCUGGUUUGGGAAGAUACGACGGCUUUCAAACCAGAAAGGUUUCUUAUAGAUGGCUGUGUGGAUACGUCAAAAGCUGACAUGCUUUUGAGCUUCUGGGCCGGUAGGCGGCGCUGUUUGGGCGAGUUUCUGACUAAGGUGGAAUUGUUUGUAUUCUUUACCUCGAUCAUGCAGAGAUGCUCUUUCGCUAAAGCACCAGGGGAAGUUUACACUUUUGAUGCAACGUUCGGUCCUACAAUGAAACCAAAGCCCUACAGAAUCAUUGUUAACUCAAGACCAAGCUAA